GGCGAUGGUAGUGCAGGACACCAACACGAUGAACGAGUUCUUCGCGACCGCCGACGCAGCGCUCCAACCGAGUCCAGAAGAAGCGAUUCAGCGCUUGGCUGCUGAGAUCCUGCGUGACAUUGACUCGUAUGGAGAUGACGACGCGCAGCACAAAUUGACGGAAGACGCUGUCCAGCACCUUGUCGCGUCGUACAUUGAACGGAGUGGUGUGAUGUCUCAAGUUUCCCCGUCGCCGUACCGAGCGUCGCUUGGUGGUUCCAGUCAUAUUCCCCACGAGCCAUUUCCACCUCCUCCCUGUACGACCUCGCCGUUCGACGACUAUCGUACCAACUUUAAGCUCUUUCAGGACAUGCGAAGCCAGCGCGAGGCUGAGUUUACCAAGCAUCUGAACGCAAUCUCUAGAAACGAUGCAAGCGCAAGCCAUCGCGACGACGACAGUGCUAGCAGCAGUGGCAGCGAAAGCGCGUCAUCUUCGGGGUACUCGUCGGACGAUGAUGUUGUCCAAGGUGAUGCCGGCAUGAUCCGUCAGCCACCACUUGCAACUUUAAUGGACGCGGGAUGUCAAACCGAUCGCCUUCCGAGGGGAGUCGAUGUUGGCACAUCGCCUGGCGCCGCCGAUGGCUCGCCGUCCCAUCGAGACGCUGGAAGUCCAUCCACCCUCGCAGAGCCAUCAGCCAUUUCUGCAACUUUUGUUCAGCCACGAUGCCAUUUUCCGUGCGACGUCCGCAUGCAAGCCAAGAAGGAAGCAUUCCACAUGUCGGGUACGGUGGCUCCUCCUUUCAGAGAGUUUAUUUCUGCGCCGACGAACCCAGUCCAAACGAACGAGCCGAGUCGUCCAGCCGUGAAGGAGUGCGGCAUCAUGACGUCGGUGCCUUCGUUGCGAGAUCAUGGGACGGCCAUGAGUCCCAAGAGCGUAUUUGUCGCGCUGCUCAAGACCAAAGCGGUGGACUCGUCGUUGGCACGUCCAUGCGAAUUCGAACUGGACUUGUCCAACUUGAACUGGCACGCUCCAGGUGUGCCAUAGCCAGGCGAGACAAGCGCAUUCGAAUUGACCACUUGGGAGGAGCUCAUGUCGCGAGUGCGAUCCAUUCGACCCAAAUCCCAACUAGGCAGCGUUUGAAUGGAGUGCACGGUGCCAAGAGAGCGCUUUCAUGUUGGCCUGACCAAGCCUGCGCCUUUGCAAGUCACAGCGUUUGACCGCUACGUUGCGACCUAUGCCGCUGAGUGGCAAGUGAAUUGGGCCAUGUCCAGGCCAUUGUCGCGAGGACGUCAGCGGUGGGGACAUGAUGGCAACGAGUCGAAGUCCAGGGCAACGGCGUCCGUGCGAACGAUUGCGUCUUCUUUUGCUGCGAUGUCGACACUAGUCGACGUUCGGCGAGAAAUACAAAGACGACGUUUGGCAAAACCGAUUUUUUCGUGGACUGCCACGAUCCACAGCGGCAAGCGACACGCACUACAGCAACCCAAAGCCUUCUGCCUGACUGAUUGCGACCAUGAGUCGCUCUUUUAACUUGUCUUGGCUCGCGUACUCUGGCAGGAGCAAGUGAUUGAAGCAAGUGUGGGCUGUGGGCAGUCUAUCAUUUGCCUUCAACGUCCAUGCCAUGUCGACCAUGCACCUUACUUGUUCGAGUCGGGGCCGUUGCGCGAGAUGACAAACGUCAUUUCGGACAACCCUCGGAUCGGGACGCGAUCGCUACCAGUGCAAAACUUGAGCAGUUGCUUCUUUUCCUCGACGGAAAACCCGUGCACGACCGUCCAAAAAUACCUGCACCGCAAGUCAGCCAACGCACAUGCCACACAUUUCAAACCAACUUGAUCACGUCGCUUUGUUCCGUGUACCCGUCGUCGUAAUGCGUGACCGCUUCGAGCGCGUCAAAGUCCAAAUCGGGCGAGCCACACACGAGGAGCUCCAGCUCUUCAUAUCGAAACAAUGCCAGUGCGCUCCCCCCACAGACCAAAUGAAAUCCACGGUGAAAGGCUCCAUACUGCCGCUCGACCGCCUCAGUGGUCACGUAGUGCACAUAUUUGGCCACGUAAUCUUUGCGGUUCGCGUUCGUCACGUUGAUGGACUUACCUAUUGUUCAAUGACAUGGUUUGUCGAAACACCCGACCGAUUGCAUAUCACGACAAAACGACAAAGGAAUAGCACGAUUCGAAUCAGCGAAAUAUUCCAAACGAAUCCACUCGACUCUAUCAAGUACCGAGACGCACAAAGCCAAGGUAGCACACCCGUGCAAUCCAUCGUCGCCACCCUCGACAACAAAAUCUGACACACUCCAACGAAAAAAUGGCAUGGACAAAUCACCAUGACACGAUGCGAUCCAAACCGACUUGCCUCCAUCGUCGGCGGCUGAAAAAACACAUUGCAAUUUUGGCGGAUGAAAAACGAUCGAUUGUACCGUUCGGGACGAGGUCCA